AGUUGUCUCUUGAUAGCAGGGAUACCACCAAGGCGUAAUUAUAAGUGAAUUUUGAGAAAGUUGUUCAAUUAUGGCCAAGUACGAAAUUAUCAUGAUUCGCCACGGCGAAAGUGCGUGGAAUAAGGAGAAUCGAUUCUGCGGCUGGUUCGACGCCGAUCUCAGCGAAGCCGGCAAUAGUUGUUCAAUUAUGGCCAAGUACGAAAUUAUCAUGAUUCGCCACGGCGAAAGUGCGUGGAAUAAGGAGAAUCGAUUCUGCGGCUGGUUCGACGCCGAUCUCAGCGAAGCCGGUAUCCAGGAGGCACAGCGUGGAGGUCAAGCCCUGAAAUCAGGUGGAUACAAGUUUGACCUCGCCUACACAUCGGUGUUGCAACGGGCUCAGAAAACCCUGGGAACAGUCCUCAAAGAAAUCGGCCAAGAGAAUAUCCCCACUGUGAAAACAUGGCGACUCAAUGAGAGACAUUACGGAGCUCUCACUGGACUCAACAAGGCAGAAACUGCUGCCAAACAUGGAGAAGCACAGGUGCAAAUUUGGCGACGUAGUUAUGACAUUCCUCCUCCACCAAUGGAAGAAGACCAUCCCUAUUACAAGCUUAUUGUGGAAGAUGAGCGUUACAAAGCUGAGCCUCCAAGGGCUGAGUUCCCCAUGUUUGAAUCACUGAAACUGACCAUUGAGAGGACAUUGCCAUUUUGGAAUGAUGUGAUCUGUCCUGAGAUCAAGGCUGGGAAGAAAAUUUUGAUUGCUGCUCAUGGGAACAGUUUGCGUGGGAUUGUGAAGCACCUGGAAGAUUUGUCUGAAGAAGCCAUCAUGCAGUUGAACCUGCCCACUGGGAUCCCAUUUGUCUAUGAGUUGGAUGAGAGCUUGAAACCCACUGGAUCCAUGACGUUCCUUGGAGAUGAAGAAACAGUCAAAAAAGCCAUGGAAGCUGUGGCAGCCCAAGGAAAGGCCAAAUGAAGCCUUUGAAAGUGCCUGUCUGUUUACAUGUGGUACAUUUUCCAGUAGAAUCUGUGGAAUAAUCUAGCCUGACUGAAACUCAAGUGAUGCUCCAGAAUGCAGAUUUGUUAUGUACAGAGUUGU